GACACAUUCUUUGGAAAUUCCAUGGAAAACACGCUCUCGACUGAAUGAAUAUCAAUGGCCUGAUCGAGCACCGAUGCCAUCAGUUGAUAGUUUACCCUCCAACGGACAGGUUGUCAUUAUACCAUACAUCAUAGCCAUGCAGAUUCAAAUGGAAUUUGCGCCCAAUCACGGCUACAAGCCAUUCAAGAUGCCACAGCAGCAGACGCAGCCGCAUGUGGCGGCGGCCACCAAUCACGUGGAGUCCAGUGGCUGCUUCAGGAAGGGCUCCUACAUUGAGCUAUCCAAUGGAGCCAUGCGUCGUGUGGAGGACAUUCGCACAGAGGACUUCAUUCAAUCGGCGCUGCGCAGCCAGCUCUUCGAUCUGAGAGAGGCCACGGUCGUACGGAUUGACAGGGGACACUUGUGCACCUCCUCGCAUGUGACCAUCACAUUUAGCUACGACACACGACACUCCAAGGUCAAUAUGGAUGUGCUGCCGGGUCAUCCGUUGUUCGUCUAUGGCCAGGGCUGGGCCUCCUGCAAUCCGCAAUUGUCGUUCCAGCUGUACGAGCUUAAGUGUCAGCAAUUGCAGGUCGGGGACAUCUGCCUGUCGCUUGUGCCCCGAGAGCAGCAGACUGUGCACCACAUUUCUGCUCCUCCUCAUCUUGCUGCUGCUGCUGACCCACCGGCGCCUCCACCACAAGUGCCACUUGCGUCUCCACCGGACAGGGGCUAUGGGAUGGCGCCCAUGAGGCAUCAUUCCUAUCAGAUGUAUGCAGAGAUGGCCAAUUUUGUGGCUGCCUACACCCAGCACGUCAUUGAGAAAUUAAGGAACUAGCCAGUUUUGGAGCUUUUGCAUAGGAACGUGGCUAUGCUUCGAUAGAUUUCUCGCUAUCGCUGUCAUGACCGAUUACUCAUAUAUUUUCAAUUAACUGUAAAAUGUUUAUUUUGCUUAAUAAAUUGAAAAUCAAUACUAGCAGAACCAA